AUGCACGAAAUAGUGACUUUACAGUUCGGCCAGCAGAGCAACUAUCUCGGCACGCACUUCUGGAACACCCAGGAGUCUUACUUCACAUACGAUGACCCGGAAAAGACUGCAGAUGCAGCAGCGGCGGAGCCAUCGCCUGUGGAUCAUGACAUCCACUUCAGGCCCGGCAUUGGUGCCGAUGGGUCGGACACGUUCAUGCCGCGCGCCGUGAUAUACGACCUCAAGGGUGCGUUUGGGAGCUUGCGGAAGAUCAACGCCUUGUACGAAGCGGAGGACGAUGGCGACGCAGCGUUGUGGCCCGGCAGCACCAUCACCCACCGCGCGACCGCCAUCCCGCCGAGCGCGUACCAGCAAGCCCUGGACACGGGCCUGCAGCCGCCAGCGCUGACGACGGACACGGUGCGGUACUGGUCCGACUACAGCCGGGUGUACUACCACCCGAAGAGCCUGGUGCAGCUGCACGAGUACGAGCUGCAGUCACAGCUGAUGCCGUUCGAGGGUUGGGGCGUGGGCGACGAGCUGUUCGCCGGUCUGGACAAGGAGCACGAUCUGCUCGACCGCGAUCUCCGCCCCUUCAUCGAAGAGUGCGACCAGCUGCAGGGCCUGCAGGUCAUGACCUCCGUCGACGACGCCUGGGGCGGCUUUGCGUCCCGCUACGUCGAGCGGCUGCGCGACGAGUUCGGAAAGCUAAGCAUUUGGGUCUGGGGGCUAGAAGAGGAAGAGAAGAAAGCUCGGGACAAACUCCUCCACCAACUAACCAACCACUCCCUCACCCUGCACGCCCUCUCCUCCACCGCCUCAACCUACAUCCCCCUCUCCGCCCUCCCCAAAUCAUCUCUACCCCCUUACCUCCGCAACGGCCACAUCAACCCGGCUUCCCGCUGGCACACCGCCGCCCUGCAGUCCAUCCUGCUCGAAACCGCCACCUUGCCCUCCCGCCUCCGCGACCGCGCGCGCGCCGCGCCCCUCGCGCAGAUGGAGGCCGUCGUCAACGCGGGCAGCGGCAACAGGCGGGUCGUCGAGGCGCGGAUGAGCGUGGGCGAAGCGGCUGUGCUGCGGGAGGCGUUGGAUGAGCGGGUGAGGGCGCGUGAGGCGGAGGAGCAGGCCGGCGGCGGUGGGAAGGCGGGGAGGAGGAGGAGGUCGUAUGGGUAUGAGAAAGAUGGGCAGGAGGAGGAUGAGGGGGAGUGGGAUGUUGAUCUGGCGAGGUUGGGGCCGGAGGAGCAGAUGGUGCAGAUGGCGAAGAGGGGGAGGGGGAGAGGGGGAGGUGGUGGGGUGAAGGGGUUGGGGAAGAAGGCGCAUCUGUUUGGGCGGGCGGAGGCGCUGAGGGGCGCGUGGAGGGAGGAGGGGGAGGUGGAGGCGUUGAAUCAGCGGGCGAGGGAUCGGUUUGCGGGCGCGGAGAUGGUGCAGAGGUACACCACUCCUCUCCUCUUCCCCGUCUUGGACAGCUACCCGCAUAUCUUCUCGUUCGAAAACCGCGACAAAGAUGAGGGGCUCGCCGUGCGCACCGCACUGACGACUUCGUCGGCUAUCUCUGGCCGUCUGCGGGCUAUGGGUCAGCUGGUCGGCCGACUGAUCGGCGUUGAUCAGCGUGAAGAACUUUCCAACGGGCUGAAGACGCUUGCGGACGAGUACGAAGAGGGUUGGGACAGCGGACUGGAGGAUAGCGAGGAUGACGACGAUGAUGAGUAG